GUUAUCAUUCGCUGGUAAAUGGAUGGAAUUGGAGAACAUCAUUCUGAGUGAGAGUCUUGCUGUGCUGACCAGGCUGGUUUCAAACUUCUGAGCUAAAAAGAUCCUGCCAUCUCAGCCUCCCAAGGCUUUUGGACUAAAGAUGAAAAAGAACAAAGAAAAAGGCUGUAGAAAAUUGCAUUGGUUGACAAGAAUGACACGGGAUGUUGAUUGGCACUCAGUCACUUACUUUUUACAUUCCGGAUGUCUGCCACUACAAUUGAAUUGUCUUCCACCCAGCUUUGGCCAACAGCAUCCUCCUUGCCCCUCUUUGUCCCUAAUUUCCUAUAUACCCACCACUUACUGACCUUAGCACUAGAUAGAUGCAAGUUGGAACAGAUCUGUCACAGAACAGUUGCACUCAUCUCAGUAUGGCCAAACCUGUCAGUCCUCCAGAUGAAGAAAUGCAGACAUACAGAUAUUGAUUAACUUGCUCUAAAUCACCAGCAGCUUGGCUAUUGUGAAGACAGCUGCAAUAAACAUCAGUGUGCAGGUUGGAGUUUGGAUGUGAAGCUGGCCUUGAUGCAGCCUGUUUGUCACCAUGAGAGAAGCCAGCAUUAGGAUGAAGUGACCCACAGAGGAGAGUAGAGAAAUACCAAUUUUUGAGGACAUCCUUGAGCCACAGAGUCAAACUGCUCCAAGAAUACCUCCCUGACAGCUUUGCCAGUGGUUGACUACAGGAGUGGAGAAAGGUUCAUAAUGAGAUUAUGGCUGUAAACAAAUGGCAACAGUAUCCCUAAGCAAUGGACAGUGAUCACCACAUUUCUCUUCAUGACAAUGCCUUUCUGUAACAGCUUGCCAACACCGUGUGUUAUCAGACUGUCUGAUUUUGUUCAUGUGGUACGAUUUAAAUCUGGAUGAAAUGAGAGCAUUGACGGUUCAGAGAGUGAAUUUUACCUUGGGUCUCCCUCUGUUAAAACGUGCAUUGCAGGAACUGGCAGAGAAAACAAAGAAUUUUGUCAGCCGAAGCCUUGUCAUAGGAGAAGUGCUCUCCAUAGCAGACAUGGCUACAAGUGUGAAGUGUGGAGUGAUUUAUUGGCUAUUUGCUGGUACAAUCAGGAAUCUUGGAAGUCCCGGACAUGUUACCAAGUGGUUGCAACCACUCCAGGAGCAGAAAUACACUGGGAUGUUUGCAAUGACUGGGAGGGGCCAUGGAAGCAACGUGAGAGGGAUCCAGACGGAAGCCACUUUUGACCUUGCAGCUCAGGAAUUUGUAAUUGACACACCGUGUGAAAAUGCCCAGAAGAUGUACAUCGGAAAUGCCAUGAGUGGGAAUUAUGCAGCCGUCUUUGCCCAGCUCAUCAUAAAUGGAAGAUCUCAAGGGCCCCACUGUUUCAUUGUUCCUGUCUGGGAUGAAAACGGAAGCUUAUACCCAGGAGUGACAGCUAUUGAUAUGAUGUACAAGGAAGGUCUGCAUGGUGUGGAUAAUGGGAUUUUAAUAUUUAACAAGGUUCGGAUUCCAAGGGAGAACCUACUGGAUAAGUUUGGUUUUGUGGCUCCAGAUGGACAGUACCACUCACCUAUUAAGAACAAGAGCGCAAGAUUCAAUGCAAUGUUAGCAGCAUUGACCCCUUCAAGAUUAGCAGUGGCUUUUCAAGCUAUGGGUGCUACAAAGCUUGGACUGACCAUAGCCAUUCGCUACAGCCACAGCUGGAGGCAAUUUGGGCCCAGAUCCAAGGAAGAGGUGAAGCUCAUUGAGCACCAAACGCACACGCUCCGGCUGAUGCCUCACCUGGCCACAGUGUUGGCCCUGACCUUUGCCAGCAGGUAUGCUGGGGCCCUCCUAGACAAGGAUAUCUUCCAGGGGAAGGAGCUCGACAACAGUCGCUCGCUGCAGGCUCUGGUGGCAGGGCUGAAGGCCUACAGUACCUGGGAGAAUAUCAGCUGCCUGCAGGACUGCCGUGAGUGCACUGGAGGCAUGGGUUACAUGAUGGAAAACCGAAUCUCGGGCCUAAAGUGUGACACAGAUGUGCUUGUAACUUUUGAAGGUGACAAUAUUGUUUUGCUUCAG